AUGCAGUCCGGCAAUCCUGAACAUGCCAUGGGAGAGGAUGCGUCAAUCGAUAGGGCCGACAAAGGAAGCAACAUCUGCACCAUCAACGACGACCUUGGAAUCCAUCCCAGCGACCAAGCACACGAAUCCCAAGACGAACGCUCCGAGGAAGCUCUGGCAAAAAGGGACCAAAGUCUCGACGGAGUUCCCACCGGAGAGCCUGUGGAAGUAGCCAUAGCCCCCCAGCUUUCCAAAGAAGAACGUUUCGAGCAAGGACCCUUGAGCCAGGGGCCUUCCGCAAACUUUUUCGAAAGACCAUCCGAGAUCAGCUACAGACCCCUCCGAUAUAGACCAGCAGAAAUAACCGUGGAAGAAGAACUCUUCGGAGAGGAACCGUUUGAAGAGUACGUGGAGCCACCGCGCCGAGAGUACAACGAUGUACCAUACCUGGAAGAAGAGGAACCGUACGAAGAGAAACCCGUCGAAGCAGAAUCCUUUUAUGAAAAAGAGUUGGAAGAAGAGGUCGCAUUGGGAAAACGAGAGGUAAUCAUCGGCGUCCGCUUCUACGACCUCAGAGGCUUCUGCAAUAGAGUGAUCGACGAUGCAGGCGACUUCACAAUCGAAGCCCUCGGCUCUUGCCACGCUAUUGACAAAGGCAUAAUCACGGAGAACGCUCGCCGAGCAAAAUUUAUCGCGCCCACGAGGCCACGGCAGCCAUCAGGGCAACGGCCGGUGCAAUCUAGAAUAUACGGG